AUGGGGAUGGGCAGCGUAACUCUGGGCUCCGGCGCCGCCGCCGCCGCCACCAGCGACCGCCACUACAACGUCCACAAGGCCUUCCUCCUCUGCAACUACCUCCUCCUCGGCGCCGCCUCCGCCUGCAUCUUCCUCACAAUCUCCCUCCGCCUCAUCCCCUCCAUCUGCGGCUUCUUCCUCCUCCUCCUCCACGUCCUCACCAUCGCCGGCGCCGUCGCGGGCUGCACCGCCGCCUCCUCCGGCGGCGCCUGGUACUCCGCCCACAUGGUGGCCACCGUCCUGACGGCGAUCUUCCAGGGUUCAGUCUCCGUCCUGAUAUUCACGAGAACAGGGGAUUUCCUCGGGGAGCUGAAAUCGUACGUCAGAGAGGACGACGGCGCCGUGAUCCUCAAGCUAGCUGGAGGACUUUCGGCGUUCAUGUUCUGCUUCGAGUGGAUCGUGCUGGUUCUGGCGUUUUUUCUCAAGUACUACGCUUACAAGGAAGGCGAUGGGGGAAUCUCUGGCUCUGCCGCCGCCGGCGGGUUCAAGAGGGGAAAUGCUAGGGUCCACCAGGGCGGCGACGAGGACUUGAAGGACUGGCCCUGGCCCUUCCAAGUCUGA